CAAUCAUAAAAGGCAUCAUUUGCAAUAAUGUAAUUAUUCAUUAAUACAAUGUAUGAAACCCAUUAGUUAUAGGUAGUCAAUACAGUAUUAAAAUAAACAAAUGUAUCUAUUUUGAAUUCAUAAGAUCUAUAUAUAUAUAAUGGCUGACUGGAAUAUCGACUUGGAUAACAAAAGACGUUUGAUCUGUCAAUGUUUAUGUCCAUGUUUAAUUGAUGGAACAUUAAACGAUGUUAGAGACGAAAGCGUUUACUCAGAGGUAGAAAAAGAAAAAGAAGAAGAAGAAGAAGAAGGAAUAUUCUUAACUUCUAAAGCCAAAGCCUUAUCAAACCUUUUGUUUUUAAAAGACGAUAUAUUUGAAAUUGAAGCAUUAAAUUUGUACGAAAAGAAAGCAAUUACAACAUUACAACCAUGGAACAGUGAAUACAACUUAAGGAAUUGUUAUUGUGAAGAAUUUCAAUCAUCAUCUCAAGUCAUAAAGAGAUAUUUACAAGAUGAAGCUAAACAAAUCAAUCGUUAUGCGUUGAUGACUAUCUUACAUAACGUUACCGGAGCUAUAGUAUGA